ACGAUCCCCAUCCUCGUCGCCUACUUUCUCUACUUCCUGGUGAUAGUACCAGGCUUCCUCUACAUGUUCCUCAAAACGAAAAGUGGUCAGGUCAGAUUAAAGGUGUUCGGCCCAAUCCUCAACUGCUGCAUGCAGUUCAUCAAAUACACGAUCCUCCUGCUUCGAUCCAAACAGAUCAGAGACUGUUUGGAUGUGAUCAGACAGGACUGGAUCGAAGCUACCGAAGAGGAUCGAUCGAUAUUACAUUCCAGAGGGAUGCUUGGACGAAAAUUAAUAUUGACAGUGAUGCUCACUUUGUACGGCGGUGGUUUAUGUUACCGUACUAUCAUACCUCUUAUGAAGGGACCCAUUACAUUACCGAACAACGUCACCAUAAGACCGAUGGCCUGUGCGGGCUACUUCGUCUUCAUCAACGAACAACAGACACCGACUUAUGAGAUUGUCUUUACCUUGCAGUUCUUCAGUGGUAUUAUUACCUAUGCCACGUCUAGCGGAUCGUAUGGUAUUUUCACGGUGUUCGUUCUGCACGUGUGCAGUUUGUUGAGGAUGCUGAAUAAGAAGAUGAAGAGUCUUGAUGAAGGGGCGGAUUUGAGCGAGAGAACGGUGAAUCACAAGAUUGCGGAUAUUGUGGAACAUGAGAGGAAGAUAAAGGGAUUUUUCGAAAACGUCGAAGCAAUCACGCAAUACAUCUGUUUCGUGGACAUCAUGGGCAACACAUGUCUCAUAUGUCUAAUGGGUUACCGGAUCAUCACGGAACCUCAGAAGAGCGACCCUAUGUUUAUAACCAUCUGCAUCAUCUUACAAACAUCUUUUAUCUUUUGCUCGUUCAUAUUAUGUUACAUUGGCCAACUACUUGUGGAUGAAAAUAACGUUGUUGGUAUGACAUCCGUCAUGCUAGAUUGGUAUCGUCUUCCAAUAAAGAAAGCUCGUUGCUUAGUUCUGAUCAUCGCCAUGUCGAAUUACCCGAUGCAGCUCACAGCGGGCAAAAUUGUUGAAAUAUCUUUAGUCACUUUUACCGACAUAAUGAAAAUGUCGAUGGCAUACUUGAACAUCUUGCGGGAGGUUGUGUAAAAUAUAUUGUAUAUCACAAAUUCAGUAGACCACUUUAGAAAUAUCACAGCACUUGUUUCUUAAUAAAACGAAAAUCAUGGAUACUAUGUUUAGUUGCAGUCUCGUUUUUCAGUUAUUCGAUCUUUUCCUUCACGAUUUAUUUUUGGCACUUCAAAAACUUCCGUAUCAACUUAUCAACAGGUUUGAUAACAUAAGUGAUUUACAAUUACGUUAAUCGUACGAUUACGA